GAAGUCCUCUGUGCGCCGGAGCAGUGCGUCACAGCGACCCAGCAGAGUCAGGAUCCCCCGACACAGAGUCCGAUAUCUCCACACAGCGACGAAAAUAGCUUUUAUAAGACAACACGACCGAACCGGUCAUGAUCUUAUUCCACAUAUUUUAAUAUUCGUCUCUUUUUUUCGUUUUGGAUGCGACUCUUCCCUCGUUUUUUUUUUUUUUUAGUAACAGCUUUUUUUUUCUCCAACUAAGCCUUUAUUGACUUUUGUUAUUUCUCAUUCUCGUUGUUUGUUCGCGGCGACACAGCGAGAGAGGAUCCUGAGCAACAGCUGGGGACUAUAUAAACUCCGCUAUAUGGAUACGGAAUCGCUCCCAUCUGCAGCUGUACUCAGAGUUUGAUCUCAGACGUUGCUCCCUGCGCCAAGAAGAAAAUGAAAUCUGCUGAAGAGGAUGCAUAUGGCUACACGCCAAAUGUCAGUCUCUCCCUCCCACUGGGCAACCCUUGUCUUCCCUCCCAGUACCACAGCCUCCAGUCCAGCCCCACUAUAUCUGUCUCUGUCAGCGAGCCUCACAGUUAUGACACCCAGGAUGACAUGAGGGCGGCCGGCUACUAUUCAUCCUCCAGCGUCCGCCCGAACGGAGCCCCGACCCUGGAGAGCCCUCGCAUUGAGAUCACAGCCUACGGCCAGUUUCCUGAGGAUGAGGUGGAGGAGAGCAACCUUCCUGUUGCCAAGCGAGUCAACUCCAUAGUGACACUGACCCUCCCCAGUGCAGAUGGAUACCGCGACCCCAGCUGCCUGAGUCCGGCCAGCAGCAUCUCAUCUCGCAGCUGCCACUCUGAGGCCUCCUCCUAUGAAUCAGGCUUCUCCUACAACUACGACAACUCGCCCCAGAACUCCCCCUGGCAGUCACCCUCUGUGUCCCCCAAGGGCUCCACCCUCGCUCUGCCAGGUGAUGGCUGCACUUCUGGUGGCUCCCCUCGCCACUCCCCCUCCACCUCCCCUCGCACAAGUUUGACAGAUGACAACUGGAUUGGUCAGCGUGGCUCCAGGCCCAACUCCCCUUGUGGUGCGAAGAGGAAGUACAGCUUCAACGGCAGCGGGGCACCGCAUAAGCACUUCCCAUACUCACCCAACCACUCCCCUGGACCAUCCCCGCAGAUUUCCCCUCGCAUCAGCGUCACCGAGGAGACCUGGCUGCCAAACACCAACCAGUACACCAACUCAGCCAUCCUGGCAGCCAUCAACGCUUUGACCACAGAUGGAGUGGCUGACCUCGGGGAAGGAAUCCCCAUGAAGGCCCGGAAAACCAGCCAGGAGCACAACCCCUCAGUCAGCCUGAAGGUGGAGCCCGGAGGCGAGGAGCUGAGUCCAGGGGAGCUCUGUCUGGACGAUCACCCCUCGAACCGCCUUCCGUUAAAGAAGGAGGGCUACUGUGGUGGGUUUCUGGAUGUGCCACAACAACCGUACUCCUGGUCCAAGCCAAAGCAAUAUGUCAGCCCAUCCCUGCCAGCUCUCGACUGGCAGCUGCCAUCCAGCUCGGGGCCGUACAGCCUGCAGAUCGAAGUGCAGCCCAAAUCCCACCACCGAGCUCACUAUGAGACGGAGGGCAGCAGGGGAGCGGUGAAGGCCCUGGCAGGAGGACACCCUAUCGUUCAGCUCCACGGCUACAUGGAGAGCGAGCCUCUGACCCUGCAGCUGUUCAUUGGCACAGCCGAUGAUAGGCUGCUGAGACCCCACGCCUUCUACCAGGUCCACCGUAUCACCGGGAAGACAGUGUCCACCCCGAGCCACGAGGCCCUGCACAACAACACCAAGGUCCUGGAGAUCCCACUGCUGCCAGAGAACAACAUGCGGGCCAUGAUCGACUGCGCAGGGAUCCUGAAGCUGCGUAACUCGGACAUCGAGCUGAGGAAGGGGGAGACCGACAUCGGACGCAAGAACACACGUGUGCGGAUGGUCUUCCGAGUUCACAUCAACCAGCCCACGGGGAGAACGGUGUCCUUGCAGGCUGCUUCUAACCCCAUUGAGUGCUCCCAGAGAUCGGCCCAGGAGCUGCCGCUGGUGGAUAAGCAAAGCCUGGAGACGUGUCCCGCCCCCGGAGGGGAGAGGAUGCUGCUCGACGGACACAACUUCCAGCACGACUCCAAGGUGGUGUUCGUGGAAAAGGCUCAAGAUGGUCACCACCUCUGGGAGACUGAGGCCAAGGUUGAUAGAGACGCCUCAAAGUCUAAUUCACUCCUCGUUGAGAUCCCUCCCUAUCGCAACCAAAGGCUCUCCACUCCGGUCCACGUGAACUUCUACGUCUGCAACGGCAAGAGGAAAAGAAGCCAGUACCAGCGCUUCACCUACGUCCCCGCCAGUGUUCCAACAAUAAAGACGGAGCCACAUGACGACUACGACGCCCCUCUGGUGUGCAGCCAGCCCGGUCCCGGCCUGUCCUUGCACCCAAAGCAAUACUUCCCCCCUCAAGUCAUGACCCCGAUGAUGACCCCCGACCUCAGGCCGUGUGUGGUGGGCGGGGCUUACUCUGUCAGCCAGCCAAGAUUGGCAACCAAGCCCUCCUCGCUGCCCUCCUCGUCCUCUCCGAGCACCAGCCCCAAACUGCACGACCUGUCGCCGUCGCCCUUCCCAAAGUGCCUCCCUGCCGCCCCAGCAGUCCAACACCCGGGCCAACAGUCCCCGAUCUCGCACGUCUCCAUCAUCCAGGAGACACCCGGGCGCUACCAGCCGCCCAACCUCUACCCUCCCAGCAGCUGCUCCUCCUCUCCGACCUCGCAGCCCUCCACCCCGACUGACGCCCCUUUCUCUCCCACCCACUGCAUGACACCAGGCAGCACCAGCCCAGGAGCUCAGCAGCACCCCAAAGUGCCAGAGAGGGGGCGGGCCUCCCUUCAGGAGGACGGCAGCCCCCCGACGCUCGCUGUCAGCAUCAAACAAGAACCACAGGAGCUGGACCAGAUGUACCUUGAUGAUGAUGCGCAGAAGGUCAAAGCCAGAUCAAAUAGAGGAGAGGAGGUCAGUCAGUUCAGUCUGGGCCGGGGAAGAGCACACAUGGCAGCGGAACGACACGCUGUAGCAGGGUGGAGAUGAGUCAACGAGAUCAUCAGGAACGACCUGUCAAGCAUCUCCGUCCACAGCCACGCGUAGUUUCCCGUCAACCACCAAAACUGACACAGAAAACCAAAACAAAGGGAGACACCAAACACAAAUCUGACACUAUGCUUUUCAUGCUUGGACUACAGCAUGCAGGAAGCAGCAGAAGGAAAUGCAAGGAGAACAAAUGUAAAUUUAUUGUCCAGAUGACCAGGGUCCAACGUGUGCCUUGUUUUUCAUAUAAAAAGCCUUUACACAGAAAUUAUCCAAGGAGUACAUCACAUGACUGACUUUUUUUAAGACAUGUAAAUUGAGUAUGUAGCAACAAACCUGCCAUCCCGAACCCCCCACAACAAAGUAUGCUUUUAGAGGACCAAAGGUUGUUUUAUAUGUCUUUUUUGCUGCAGUUUGUAAAUGAUUCGGUGCCUAUGAGUUAUGUAAUUUGUAUAUACAGUAUCUGUAGUGCUUCAGUUUGCAUAUCGGGCUUUACAGAGACAGUUUAGAAGAGAAGUGCCUUUUUUGACUGGAAACAGAAAUAUGUGGCCUGGGUUUGGUUCAGUAAUCUUUAAAAGCGAGAUAAUGUAACAUUUGCUGAAUAGUGGCUACUGUGGUUACAAAUAAUAAUUAAAGACAGUUUAGCACAAAUAGAAAAUGAUCAUAAGGUCAGCAAACUGACAAAGAAAUGUCUGUUACACAGUAAUAUCUAUUAAAAAACGUUAGCUGACAUUAGCCACCAAAAGCUACUGGUCAUACCAGAACAAAUGAGGCUUUAACAACAAAACAUUGAAUUGAUCAGGGGGGAGUUUUAUUUCCUUUUAAAGUAAACUUUUAAUUUGUAAAAGGAAGAAUGUGUUAUUUCUUCUUUUAAAAGUUGCAUAGUCUCACUUUAAAUCACAUUUGGUUAGUAUGUCUGUAUGGGCAUUUUGCUUGGACAAAAAUAAAUCAAGAAGAAUUAAAAUUGAAUACAUUUUCUGUAUUCACAGCCAACAAUAAGCACUUAACCACUUAACCUGUGGUAUUACUUGUGGUUGUUCCAUUAAGACAAGUUACUCUCACUUGAAGUCACGCAACAAUGGCUAAACUGUCCAGAUGAUAAGUUACCCAAACCUCAUAGAGUUAGAAAUGUCUUAAUGCACUCUUACAGCACAGAGUCACAGAACAAGGAGUCGUUUUGUGUCGAUUUUUUAAAUAAAAAAUAACUGACUUGAAAAUAACGUGAACUUUGGAGUAAAAUGUUGGCUACAGUAACACAGGUUUUCACUUUUAUCAAAGAAGAAAUCAUCUCAGUUUUGACGAAGCUUGACUUUUAUUUUUACCUGGAAGCUAUGCAACAUGCAGGUAGCGUUUAGUCUCUGAAAGAAUGUAAACAUGCACAGUUGUAACGGAGAAGGUCUCUAAUCCAAAGAAUACUUAACAACGGUGAACAGCAAUACAAAUAUAUAAAUUCUUUAAUGUUUGUUUUUGUAUUUUCAUAUUUAUUCUCUUCGCAUGUGCUCUGUUUAUUCAUGUUUAUCAUACAGCUUCUUCUACAUGCUUUUACCUACAUACUGUGGUUAAUCUACUAAUUUGUUUGCGCUCUUAUAGCAAAACUGAAUGGGCUUAAACCCUUGUUCCCAGUUUUAUAUGUAUUUAUGAGUCUUAAUCCUUGUAAGGGCAUGAAAGAAGCCAUACUGAAAUGUUUACCGAGGAGGUUAUUGUUAGUCUACAACUCAUAUUUCUGCUUUGUGAUCUUUUUUUUUUGUGUAUUUGUCAAUAAAUAAGCCUUCAUCUCUUUAA